CGAGCGGUCAUGGCGUACUCCACCGUCCAGAGGGUGGCCUUGGCCUCUGGGCUCGUCCUGGCUGUGUCGCUGCUGCUGCCUAAGGCCUUCCUGUCCCGCGGAAAGCGACAGGAGCCGCCACCAGCGCCCGAAGCUGUCUACUCUGAAAGAAUGUUCAGCGAAGAGAGGAGACAAUUUGAGAUCCUGUGAAUGCAUGUAAAUGAGGCACUUUUUCAAGUUCAGAAACAUAUAGGAGAACACCAAGACCUAACUGUGAGUGCCAGACCGGCUCAUAGCAACACCAAGGCCCAGCCGAUAGGACCAGAUAUAUACUUAAGUACUAAAGUCUAAAAGCAAACCUCUAAUAAUCACCAAAUUUAGAGUUGUGGCUAUCUCAGAGAAGAUGGUAUGAAGAAUACACAGGGGUUCCAGUUACAUCUGCUUGGAAAGUUGGGUCGAUUUCCACCCAUGAUGCAUCAUCAGCAGGCACCCUCAGAUGGCCAAAGUCCUGGGGCCCGUUUCCAGAGGCCUCACCUUGCAGAGGCCUUUGCAAAAGCCAAAGGAUCAGGCGGAGGCACUGGAGGAGGAGGAGGCAGUGGAAGAGGCCUGGUGGGGCAGAUCAUUCCAAUCUAUGGUUUGGGGAUUUUUUUAUAUAUACUAUACAUUCUAUUUAAGCUUUCAAAGGGGAAAACUGCUGCAGAGGAUCGGAAAUGUUCUACUGCUACACCUGGAAACACCCACAGAAAAAUUACCAAUUUUGAGCUUAUUCAACUGCAAGAAAAACUGAAGGAGACAGAGGAAGCCAUGGAAAAAUUAAUCAACAGAGUGGGACCUAAUGGUGAAAGAGCACAGACUGUGACUUCUGACCAAGAAAAACGGUUGCUGCAUCAGCUCCGAGAAAUCACCAAGGUCAUGAAAGAAGGAAAAUUCGUUGACACAUCCACUCCAGAGAAAGAAGCUGAGGAGGCCCCUUACAUGGAGGACUGGGAAGGUUACCCUGAAGAGACUUAUCCAAUUUAUGACCUUUCAGAUUGCAUCAAGCAUAGGCAAGAAACAAUCCUAGUGGAUUACCUGGACCCAAAAGAGCCCUCUGCUGAAGAAAUAGCUGAAAGAAUGGGAAUGCUAGAAGAAGAAGAAUCUGACCGUUUGGGUUGGGAAAUGCCUGCUGACCCCAGAGCCCAGGAAGAUAAUUCUGUUACCUCAUGCGACUCAAAGCCAGAAACAUGUUCCUGCUGUCUUCAUGAAGAAGAGGAUCCUGCUGUCUUGGCAGAGAAUGCUGGAUUCAGUGCAGACAGUUACAGUGAGCAGGAGGAAACCACCAAAGAAGUGUGGCCCCAGGACUUCAGAGAUGAGGGCCUGGGCAUUCGUGCCGACAAAGCAUAUACAGGUGGCACAUUGAGGAAGCGGAACCCCCAGGGUUUAGAGUGAAAACAUCCAGUUUGGUGAAGUAUCCAUUACUUUAGUCCCAAGGCGACCUUUGUCUCAUCUCUCAGAUUUCAUCCUUGGCCCUGUGCCCUGUACUUCAUUCUCUUUGUUUAAUUAUCAUAGCCAGUCAGGUCACUACUGUGGAUAUUGUGUAUCCUUCCUGGUGCUCACACACCUGUCACCUUGUAAAACAUCAGAGAGAGUAGUAGGAACACAAGAUAGCUUGACUCUUCCUGCCUUUCCUCCAUCGGAGAGUUGAUCCACUGAGUAAAUGAUCUUUCGUAAUUACAGAUGGGACCACCCAAGGGCAGAGGUCCGACUCUUCGUGCUAGGUGUGACAGAUGGUUUACCUGUGAUUGAACAUCAGCUUACACAUGAAGAGGACUUAAGUUUGCAAGAGUGAAGAUUUCAGAGUCCAAGAUGCCUUAUUCUCUGGGCCUUGAGCAGGUUAGUGGUCCCCUGGGUUCACAAAGAGAACAUUUUGUGGGGAUGAAGGGACCAGAGCAAGGUAGGAUUCUGCCAUGUGAGCUGAAGCUCCUUCCUCACGAGGGCCUUUUUAGGAGUGCUGAUGCUGCCUCAGAUACCCUUUUUCUCUAGAGGAAGAGAAGACUCCCACUAACCUGAAAACGAACCCAGAGGCCUGUAGGGGGACUGUUUGCUCUGAUAUUGCCUGGAUCUCUAGCUUCCUUUAUCCCUGGUCUUCCUAACAACUGCCAAACCCAGAAGCAUCUUUGUACCUCUGAUCUUCAGUGGCUAGAGGAAGCUUUAGAUAGACUUUAGUCCUUGCCCUGUAGAGCCAAGGUUUGAAGCUGCUGAGGCUGCAGGAAAGCCUACCAUGAGAUGCUCAGAAGACCAGGGAGCCAGUGAUGGGGUGAGAACCCACGCAUUUAUGGACAGUCCUUGUCUAGAAGCUGUUUCUGAAUGUUGAGCCCUCUGGGAAAUUUGUUGUCACAACCAUAUGGAUUGAAACAGAAGUGAGGACUGAGCCUGUAGACAGUUGCCAGCCCAGCAGGGAAGUUGCAGAGUGUGCUGCAGAGAACCAUUGUAGCAGUGCCCAAGAGAAGAGACCAUUGGUUUGUUUGUAUUCGGAUAUCUGGGCCUUCUCUCUCCUGGGGAAAGUAGGAGGGGUUAGGUUAGAACUGGGAGGAUUUUGACCAAACUAUAGGUUUAAUCUCUAAGAUACCAUCUGUCAUGUGUCUUUUUGAGACAAAAUGACACCUAUGUAUUCUGUCUAGUAAGGAUGGGUGAGUUCACAGUUUACCUGUAAGACCUGAGAGUUUAAAAAGGACACAUUCCUGAGGACAUUCCCAGCCAUGAAAUGUGGAAGACUUGAAAAUUAAGAAAUUAUGUAUAGGUAGAUAUGGCUUUUAGAGUUCCACUGUUCCUGGCACGAGUAGGAUGCCAGGAAAAUAGUUUAAAUCACACAUAUAAGCAUACAGACUAUUGUCAGAAGGUAAAGAGUCAUUAUUAAGAUGUGUCAGCUACUACUAGACAUUUCUUGUUAUUGAACUACAGAGAAAAGUUUAAGACUGCUCUAUAGAAAAUAUAUUGCAUGUUCUUUGUGAAACAUUUGGUUCACUUGUAACGAAUGCUGUCUAAAAUGUACUUAAAAUCUAGAUAUAAUGUAACACUAAAGGUAAAAAAUCAUGUAGGUGCUCUUUGCUGUUUCCAUAAAUCGUUUUCUGUGUUAUUUCUCUUCAUUCACCAUAA